CCUGUGACUACUGUAGUCUCUCGCUGAUGCAUAGUUUUGGUCUUUUUGUUCAGUCGGAAGAGCGAGCACUGAAACGUGUACGAAGAAAAAUCCGCAACAAGCGUUCUGCACAGGAAAGCAGGAAGAAAAAGAAAGAAUAUGUUGAUGGCCUUGAGAACCGGGUCACGGUCUGUACUGCACAUAACCAGCAGCUGCAAAAGAAAGUGCAACAGCUCCAGAAACAGAACGUGUCUUUGCUGCAGCAGCUGAGGAAUUUGCAGGAUCUGCUGCGCCAGAGUGGUGUGAAGACCACAACGGCCGGCACCUGUGUUAUGGUCUUGGCCCUCUCUUUCUGUCUGAUACUUUUUCCCAGCCUCUACCCUUUUGGGUCAAAAGUGGGAAACUCUGACCUGCAUGGAGUGUUAUCUCGCCAGUUGCGUGUGCACAAUUCAGAUCCUGGAUCUGUCACCUCAGUAUUCCCAGGAGCACUACAGUCCAAUAAUGCUCCUCCAUAUAAGACUAUGAAUGGUCCUGACCUUGAGGAACCGUUACUUGAUCAGGAUGUGCAACUUGAGCCAGUGCUGCAGGGAGCCCUUAAUGACACUCCUGUGCAGAAUGUUGGAACCGCAGAAUCUACAUCCAACACAAAUAGUAAUUCCUCUGCUGACUUUCCUGACGAUGGACGGCAUAUGGCUGGGGGGGAAUCGGACACAGCACCAUCCCUCUCCUCUCACCUCCCACAUGUAGCUCAGGAGAAGCAGGAGUGGCUGGAGAAGCCGCGUAGCGUUUUUAUAACUCAGCAUCACUCGGACGAGAUGUAAUUAGGUGGAGCGUUGUGUACAUAAGACUGAAUGUAUAAAUACUGCAGAGCAUUACUCUCUAACCCUGCCAGUGAGGUAGAAGCACAGAGCACUGUACAGUAGCUGCUGGCGACCCUAUUGGCAGAGCACUGUACAGUAGCUGCUGGCGACACUGUAUUGGCAGAGCAUCGUACAGUAGCUGCUGGUGACACUGUAUUGGCAGAGCACUGUACCGUAGCUGCCAGUGACAUGGUUCUGUGGAGGUAGUAAUGCACUUAUUGUAAGGUGCAGCAGUGCACCCAACUGUAUAUUGAUCUAUAUAAUGUAAAGUCUUUAAUAAAUACGUGUCAUGAAUACCUCAUGAUUGAGAUGCUAAGGGGUUAAUUUUCUGUAGCGUGUGUGCUAAAAACAUUUUUUUUAUAUAUAAGAACAACUGUGUUGCUGUGUUUUUGUGUUAAUGAUUUUUCCCUUUGAUCAGCCAGAACCCCUAAUAAAUAAGCUUGUAAGAUGCACAAGAGAACUUUAUUGCACCAACCUGUCAGCAAAGGGAUUGAUGAAACACAGGGUCUUUUUCAAAGAACUAACAUGGGGUCAUUGACAAGACAGCCAGCCUUGCAAAUUAGUGCUUUAAUAAUAAUAAUGCCUCAGAAACACAAAGAAGGCAAUAUAUAUGGUGUUUGGUAUCAAAAUACUCCUUGCAACCCAACUAAAAGAUUGCCUAUCUGUGUAUAUGAAAUAGAUGUAUAUAGCAGAAGUUAUAACCUGUUCUAUAAUUUCAGCCAAAAAGCUAAAGAGAGAUACUGGGAUAAAGGGACGUUGUACCGGGAGUCCAUUCCAGUGGAGGGACAGGAUCCCUGGCUAGCUGAGAGACAGUGGUACCUAAACAGUUUAGAGCACAACUGUUAAGAGUGGCCCAUGAAAUUCCUAUGGCGGGACAUCUAGGGGUACAGAGAACCAAAGCCCGGUUAUCCCAUCACUUUUAUUGGCUUGGGAUGGGUACUGAUGUUGCUAAUUAUUGUCGCUCCUGUCCUGCAUGUCACAAAGUAGGGAAACCUGGAGAGGUGGGUUGUGCCCCUUUAAUUCCCCUUCCCAUUGUGACUGAGCCCUUUGAGAGGGUGGCUGAGGAUAUAGUAGGUCCCCUAGCUAUCCCAAGCAGUUCAGUGAAAAGAUUCAUUCUGACUGUAGUGGAUUAUGCAACUCGCUACCCAGAGCCUGUAGCCCUUUCAUCUAUCAGGGCUGAUAAAGUGGCUGAUUGGGUAUCUUUUCUAGGGUAGGUUUCCCUAAUGAAAUGCUAACUGAUCAAGGCACCCAAUUUAUGUCUAGACUGAUGCAGAGUCUCUGUAAAAAGGUGCAGGUGGAACACCUAGUGACUAGCCCAUAUUACCCCCAGACCAAUGGCUUGUGUGAAAGGUUUAAUGGGACCCUGAAGUAGAUGCUCAAAACCUUUGUGGAGUCACAGGGGAAGGACUGGGAGCAUUACCUGCCACACCUCCUAUUUGCUUAUAGGGAGGUGCCCCAGGAAUCCACUGAUUUAUCCCCCUUUUAACUCCUAUAAGGGCGCAGAGUGUGUGGCCCUCUUGAUCUGAUCAGGGAGGAGUGGGAAGGAAAAUUGGGCACUCAAGAGACCUCUGUAGUGGACUAUGUAAUAAGGUUCAGGGACAGAAUGCAUAGCCUAAUGGGGGAGGUACAGGAAAACCUAAAGGAAGCCCAGUCUAAGCAGGAGAAAUAGUAUGACCGGACUACUAUAGAGAGGGUGUAUGAUGUGGGACAGAAAGUGCUUGUCUUAAUACCCAUGAGACAGAACAAAUUACAGGCUGCCUGGGAGGGUUCGUUUACUAUCCUAAAGAGAAUGAAUGAUGUAUACUAUGUGGUGUUUCUGGAUGAAGAGGGUAAAAACAAAAAAUCCAUCAUGUAAAUAUAAAAGCAUAUUAUGACAGAGAACCCACUGUGUUAACUGUGUGUAGUUUGCCUGGAGAAGAGCAUGAGACAGACCUUCUUGUUGAUUUACUAGCCUCAACCAGAAAAGCCAACACCCUAGAAGCCGCCCAGGUUAGUGCCCACUUAACUGGGGAUCUGAGAUUCUUGGGCCUUAUUACAGAGUGUUCACAGGAAACCCUGGCAGGACACACUUAGUCACACAUCAUGAAGACACUGGGAAUCACCAUCCCCUCAGACAAACAGCUUACCGGGUAUCCUUGCAGGUCAGUGCUGACAUAAAAAGGGAGAUGGAGGAAAUGCUAGAGCUGAGAGUAAUUUGCAAGUCCCAGAGCCCCUUGGCCUCCCCAGUAGUACUAGUCCCCAAAAAAGACAAAACCACUAGGUUCUGUGUGGAUUACAGAAAGCUUAAUUUGGUGACUGCAUUUGAUGCUUAUCCUAUGCCUCGCAUAGGUGAGCUAUUAGACAGACUAGCAGGGGCCAAAUUCCUUAGCAUCAUGGAUCUCAGCAGGGGAUACUGGCAGAAUCCGACACCAAAAGCUCAAGAGAGGUCUGCCUUUAUCACUCUCUUUGGGGUGUAUGAAUUCCAGGUGAUGUCCUUUAUGAUGAAAAAUGCCCAUGCCACAUUUCAACGACUAGUUAACCACUUGUUGGAGGGGCAUGCUGUUUCAUACCUGGAUGUUUUUGCAGUGUUCAGUGAUACCUGGGAGGAACACCUCACACAUUUAUCCAGUGUAUUGUACCAAAUAGCCACUGCUGGGCUAACGAUAAAGCCAGAUAAGUGUCAGCUGGGCAUGGGGGAGGUCCAGUACUUGGGUCACCUGGUGGGAGGGGGGAUACUGCACCCAGAGCCAAGUAAAACUAAAGCCAUAAUGGCCUGGCCUACCCCUCAAACAAAAAACAGGUUAUGUUCUUCCUGGGUACCACAGGGUACUAUAGAAAGUUUGUGCCACACUAUAACACCAUAGCUAAACCACUAACUGACCUUACCAAAAAAAACUACCCAAAACAGUUAAAUGGACAGGGCUUUAAAUUAAUUUAAAAUUGCCCUUACUGAUUCUACUGUGCUACAGGCACCUGGUUUUCAUAGAAGAUUCAUAGUCCAAACGGAUGCCUCUAACUAUGGGCUAGGGGCUGUUCUGAGGUGAAUAAGAAAGGGGAAUUGUACCCAAUUGUAUAUCUCAGCAGGAAACUACUUCCACUAGAAGUGGCAUAUGCCACUUUGGAAAAAGAGUGCCUUGCUAUAGUUUGGGCCUUGCAAAAACUGCAGCCUUCUCUUUAUCAACGCCAGUUUACAGUGAUUACUGACCACAACCCCUUACACUGGUUACAUAGGGUAGCUGGCUCAAAUGGUAAACUCCUCAGGUGGAGCCUAGCUCUACAACAUGAGUUUACCAUACAACAUAAAAAGGGCAGUAUGCAUGGUAACGCUGAUGAUCUUUCACGCCAGGGGGAGUGUCCCCUUUUAUUCGCAGCUGGAGUGGCUUGUGUGCCCCCUCCCUUGCUUCUCUUAUUUGGGGGAGGUUGAAUACCUCAUGAUUGAGAUGCUAAGGGGUUAAUUUUCUGUAGCUUGUGUGCUAAAAACUUGUUUUUUCAAGAAGAACUGUUACUGUGUUUUUGUGUUAAUGAGUUUUUCCUUUGAUCAGCCAGAACCUCUAAUAAAUAAGCUUUUAAGAUGCACAAGAGAACUUUAUUUCACCAACCUGUCAGCAAAGAGAUUGAUGAAACACAGGGUCUUUUCAAAGAACUAGCAUGGGUCAUUGACAAGACAGCCAGCCUUGCAAAUUAGUGCGUUUAUAAGUAGUAAUGACUCAGAAACAUAAAGGAUGCAAUAUAUAUGGUGUUUGGUAUCAAAAUACUCCUCGCAACAUCACUAAAAGAUUGCCUUUCUGUGUAUAUGAAAUAGAUGUAUAUAGCAGAAGUUAUAACGUGUUCUAUAAUUUCAGCCAAAAACUCAGGACUUUGAUUGUCGUAAAAGAGAGGGGUUUCCUAGCCCUCUGGAAAGAAGGUGGGUCAAGCAAUUUGAUAUAAUGAAAAGUAUACAAAUUUUGUGUUUAACAAUUCGUUGUUCAUUCUUCAUGGGAGGCUGUAUACUACAGAUUGAGUGACCAACUUUUUCUGCCAUCUCCGUGGCACAGACAACUAAAAGCUAGUAAAGUAUAAGGUUUCUGUUAUUUCUCCUUUUUAUUUUUAAAACUGUUUGCUUGUGUAUAAUUCUACUUGUUCACAUCUUUCUAUUAAUGCACUGUACAUAAUUUUUCGCAUAAUAAAUCAUUCACUUAUUAA